AUGCUACAAAAAUUUGAACAUCAAAUUGGAGGUCAUGAUAAAUUAUUAUUAACAAAUGAUGAAGCAGUAAUUGUUAAACCUUGUAAUACACUUGAAAAAGAAUUUUACGAAACCAGUGUAUUAUAUCCAGAAUUUUCUAUAUGGAUACCUAAAUUUUAUGGAAGUUUACAAUUACAAGUUGAUUCUUUGAUAAUUAGACAAGAAAUCGAAAAACAAAGUGCAAAUGUUACAGGAAAUAUUUUAUAUGGUUUUAAAAAACCGUGUUUCAUAGAUCUUAAACUAGGUACUCAACUAUGGGGUGAAGAUGCUAGCGAAGAAAAAAAGCAAAAAAUGAUUAAAAGAGCUUUAAUGACUACAUCAGCUUCGUUAGGAAUAAAAAUUACAGCAUUUAAGGUUUAUCAAAAAUCUAUUGAUAAUUAUAAAGAUUAUUCACGUGAAUAUGGGUAUACUUUAAAAGAUGAAGAUGGCAUAAUAUUAGGAUUAAGGGAUUAUUUUAGAGCAGAAAUAUCAAAGGAUAAACGAAGUUUGAUUAUUAAAACAAUAAUUAGAGAUCUUGAAGAACUUUAUAAAGCACUAGAAAAUACAGAAUUGAGAUUGCAUGGUGCAUCAUUAUUUUUGGUAUAUGAAGGUGACCCUGAUGCUUUAGAAGAGGCCUUGAGUAAAGAAAAAGAAAAUCUUGAAAAAAUAUCAUCAAAAUAUAUUGAUGUUACUGAUUUAAAAAUUAUUGAUUUUGCACAUUCUUAUUUCAGAAAAAAUGUUGGUAAAGAUGAAGGCUGCUUAUUUGGUAUUAGAAAUUUGCUGGGAUACCUUGAUCAAUUGAAGGCUACUCUUGAUGAGCUCAAGGAAGCAGGAAUUAAUCGCAAAGAAGCUGUGGAAUUCCCACAGGUCAGACAUAAAAACAUAUCAACUGAAUCUCUUUCACUUAAUGUUCAACAAUUGAAAACAUAUAAAAGCAAACUUAUCACCUUCCCAAAGAAAACUCAUGCAUCAAAUAAGAAGGCUAGCACUAUGCAAGUUCAAACCGUUACAAAUGCUACUCAACUGAAAGGAAUUAUUUCACCUAUUGAACAAUUAUGGGAUAAAUCUAAAGCAUGUCCUAUUAUAAAAGAAGAAAAGGGUGUUAGCACAUAUGCUACUUUACGCAAAUUAUGA